GAGUUUGAGACCUGAUCCAGACAUCACUUAUGGACUUUGAACAUAUGAGAGCAAGUUCCAAAUCGAGCAACACAAGUCCAGAGAAUGAAAAGGAACAUACCCAUGCAGCCAUCAUCGUCGAUGACCAUGAUGUGACAAACUCAGAAAUUGUACCUAAAAUUGUGGAAGGAUCCUUGUCGACUUCCCCUUCUUCAAGCACUUUAUCAGAUGAAGAUUUCUUCCAGAUAGAUACAGGUAAAGUGCCGAUUGGAACAACAUUCUCUCCCUAUGCUUCUGGUGAUAGUCUUGGAUCUGAUAAUUUUGGCAUGGUUGGGGCGAAGCAGUCUCCAUCAAUUCAGUUAAUGGGAAGAGCAGAUGUCCCUGAUCCAAACAGGAUACCUUCUUCGGUAUUCGAUAGGACGAAGUCCAACGCACCGAUGGAAUGGAGUGUGGCUUCUAAUGAAUCAUUGUUCAGUAUCCACACGGGGAAGUCCGGAGAUCUGACCAGCUUAUACGGCAACCAUUCAGAUGGAUUUCCUCCACCACUUAGCGGCUCUUCUCCAGCACGGAGUGUUGGAGUAGGAUCUAGUUUCCGGCAACCGGUUGAAUCUGAAGUAACAAGUGCCCAACCCAAGAAGGAUGUUUUGAAGGCGAUCACAGAGGAGAAUGCCGAAAAAGAUAGACCUUCUACGCUUGGCAAUAUUCCCCAUUCCGAUAGCACACCUCGAUAUUCUGAUUGCGGCAGCGUGAACAGCUAUCGUUCUUUUGCAUUUCCGAUGUAUGUACUCGUUCUAACCCUCUGUCAUUUAACUGGUACGUACACAUGAAUACA